AUGGAUUUGAUAGGAGAGAUUGUUGAGCGAGAGGUCGAAGCUCCCGCACCUCCAAUGAGCUCGAAAAAUAACGGGUUUCCCGACCCAGGGAAGCUUAAAGAGAAGAGAGUUUCUCGAUGGAAGCAAAAAGCACAAGAGCAGAAGAAGCAAGAGAGAAGAGAACCAGCUAAAGAAAAUAUCCAACCAGAGCCCAAAACUGAAUUAAGUGAAGCCGAAAAGAUCCACCAGGAAAAUAUGAAGAAGAUAUCCGACUUGACCGAGGAAGAAAUCAGUCAGGAAAGAGAAGAGUUAUUGAACGGACUUGAUCCAUCAUUGAUUAAGAGUCUUUUAGCAAGAACGGAGAAACGUAUAAAGGAAGAAGCUUGCUGCGAUGGCCACGACCAUGGGCAUGAUCAUGCAGAAGGCUAUGGUGGUUGGAUUGGUGGUGGUAAAGAUGGGAGCAGCGUAUCUCAUCUCGACUCUAACGACGUGGAUAAGGCAUUGGGUGUAAGUAAAAUAUCCUUAGCCGAUGAUAUCAAGGAAGAAGCAAGUACUGAAGGAGACAAAUCGAAAACCAACAAGAAGGAUAAAACGGUUAGAUUCAACGAAGUUGCAACCGUCAAAUACGAAGAUUUAGAUGAUGAUAUCGAAUUAGAUGAAGAUGGAUGGGAAGACGUCGAAGAUAUAAAUGAUUUGAUUCCAAACAUGCCUAAAGGCGAAGAGAACCAAAUUGCACAUGAUGAUUAUCAACUACUAUCAGAAAAGGAAGAGGCCGAAGAAGAUGGAGCCCCUCUCAAAGUACACUUCCCCAAACCAAAGUCUAACAAUAACGAUGAUUUGGAUUUAAAUGAUCCAGAAUUUUUCAAUAAAUUACACGAAAAGUAUUAUCCUGAUUUACCAAAGGAAACUAACAAGCUAUCAUGGAUGACCGAACCAAUGCCGACCAACUACACAAGCACUUAUGAAUCAAUAAGUGAUAUGAGAUUUGAUUUUAAAGGAAAUUUAAUCGAAUUAGAUGAUUCUGGGGAUAAACAAUCUGAAAUACCUACCUAUAUGGGAUUACACCACCAUUCUGAUAACCCUCAUUUGGCUGGAUACUCACUUCCUGAGUUAUCCAGGUUAUCCAGGUCAGUGGUUCCAGGUCAAAGGUGUUUUAGCUUACAAAUGUUAGGAAGAAUUCUUCAUAAAUUGGGGUUACAUAAGUACAAUUUCAUGCCUAUUAGCGAUAAAAAGGAAGAUCAAGAAUUUAAUAAUAACUUAAAAUCUUUAGUUACUGAUUUUGAAGAUCUUAUAUGGAAUCUUAUUGGAGAACUAAGAAUUCUUGAAUCAAUUCAAGAAGCAGCAGAUGAAUCUAAAACCAAAAAUCUUUCAGUCAGAAACUACGCCAUAGAAGCAUUAUGGUUAUGGAAACAAGCUGGAGGUAAACAACCAUCGAAGACUAUUUCCGAAGAAGAAAUAAUAGCCCGAGAGGUUCAAAAUUAG